UGGGUGAUCCGCGUUAGGCUCGCUCGCUCGCUCGUCGACAUACCCGCUCUGAAAACGAUCGAAUCUCGGUGGCACCGGAUCAGGCGAGAGCCAAUUUCCUCGCGAACGAACCAAAUAUCGCGCGUAUCGUACGAUCGUGGUUGCCCGAUCGUGUUCCCGUGACGCCGGAACACGCGCGAGUGCCGUGUAAGCCGUGUGCUACGAUACGCGAAUGCCGUGAUGCUGCACGCUGCCGGACGAAGAUCGUCGAGGCUGCUCGCCAUCCUCUCGAUCGCUUCCUCCUGACAGUUGUGAGCCUCGUGCGUCGUCCUCGCCGAUGAGAUAGUGGUGAUCUCGGGACGAUGUCGUCGCAGUGAUAGUGGAUACGGAGACCUGCCCUCGGGUACCGGCGGAUGGAACGCGGGAUUACCUCCUGGAGAAGUGGCACUCGACGUUCACGCGACCGUCGUUCGCGUCUAGCCAGAGAGUGAGUGAUAUAACGGAUAGUGGCGACUGAAUAUUACGCACGUGCGACGGGGUAAUCGGGCCAACGAAGACGGUGGCUUGUCGCGGGAUUAUAUCGCAGUGUCCUGGUGAACCUGGUGCCUGUUACCGCCCGAUCGUGGCUACCUGUGCAAUGUUGAUAUAGUGCGUUCGGUUGAUUGUAAGUGACGAUGCACGGAUUCCUUGUGGCGGACACCAUGGAUUUCUCUAUUUUCGACGCGGUCUCUACGCGGCGCUCGUCCGUCAGGGAUAACACGGAUCCUCCAGCGAGGAGCCAGUUCAACCUACGCGAAACGAUCAGCAGGAGAACGAGGAUCGCGUCGAGAUCGACGUCGUCCAUAAUCUGGCUCUCGUUGCUGCUGACACUGGGAACGAGGACGACGUCCGCCACGAACAUGACGAACGUGUCACCCUUGGCUUCCACGAUGACGCCGAUCACGACCACGGAAGGAGUUUAUCAGCGAUUCGCGAUCGAGCCGAUGGAUCAGACCGCGGUGAUCGGUAGCCGUGUGACGCUUCCUUGCCGCGUACUCGAUCAGAAGGGACCCAUUCAGUGGACGAAGGACGACUUCGGGCUGGGCGCCGUCAGGAAUCUCACUGGAUACGAGCGUUACGCCAUGAUCGGCAGCGACGAGGAAGGUGACUUCUCGUUGCACAUAUACCCGGUGGAACUGGAGGACGACGGCACGUACCAGUGCCAGGCCUCGCCCACGAACGACGGCCAGCCAGCGUUACGCUCGAGAUUCGCCAAGCUGAGCGUCCUUGUGCCGCCUCAGAAACCGAAGAUCCUUCAGGGCGACUUCUCCAUCACCACCGAGGACCGGGAACUGGUGAUCGAGUGCGUCAGCGUCGCUGGCAAACCGCCUGCGGAGAUCACGUGGAUCGACGGGCUGGGCAAGGUGCUGCACACGGGUAUCAAGACGAUAAAGGAGCUGUUCGACGGCGGGCCCCUGUACACCGUGAAAUCCGUCCUGAGGGUGAAGCCGCAGAAGAAACACGACAACACGACGUUCACGUGCCAAAGUCAGAACGCGGCCGACCGCACGCCGCAGAACGCCAAGCUGCGCGUCGAGGUUCGCUACGCGCCCAAAGUGUCUCUGAUAAUCCACUCGGGACAGGUCAAGAACGGACGCAUCGUCGAGGGUACGGAACUGCGGUUCAAAUGCCGCGCGGAGGCCAAUCCGCGCAACGUCGAGUACAGGUGGUUCAUCAAUGAGAAGAAGGUCAUCGGGGACUACACCACGGAGAUGAUCAUCCAUAACGCGACCCGCGAUCUUCACGACGCGAUCGUAAAGUGCGAGGUCCACAACGACGUCGGGAAGAGCGAGGAAACAGAGACCCUGGACAUAACGUACGGGCCGCAGUUUCGUCACCCGCCAGUCUCCGUGGAGACGCAAUACGGCGCGACGGAGAUCUUGCAGUGCGACGUCGACGGUAACCCGACGCCGGAAGUGCGCUGGUACCACGAGGACUCGGAGCGACAGGUUGCCACUACGGCGAACAUAAGCGUGGUGGUGAAUCACGAGACAGCCGGACGGUACUUCUGCAAAGGUCACGUGCCAGGAUUUCCAGAAUUGACCGGCUACGCGAACAUCUACAUCCGGGCGGCGCCCAGCAUCGUGUCGCAGAGGGUUCAAUACGUGCCCGACGAGGGGGUCGUCAAGGUGAAGUGUACCGCGAUAUCUGUGCCAAAAGCGGACUCGGUGGUAUGGAGCUUCGCCGGUCGCGAGCUCAAUUUCUCGUCGAACAAUACGCCUUUCUACGUGCAGGAGGAAUACACCGGCGAGAGGGUCGUCAGCACUGUCACGCUGCUCGAUCCCAUAUCCGCGUACUUCGGGGAUUACAACUGCACGGUCACGAAUAGCUUCGGCACGGAUUCCGUCAUAAUCAAGCUGACGGCACACACGUUGAUUCCAGUCGAUUGGCAACUGAUCCUCAUCAUCGGCGGAUUGGCCGUCUGUGUGAUCCUGAUCGGCGUGAUCAUUAUACUCAUUCUGCAGUGCCGUGACCGCAUCAAACAGCCGCGGCCGAGGACUGCCCAGACCCAGGAGACUGAUAUGCAAGAAACAGAUUCGAACGCGGAUCGAUAUCGAGAGAGUGACAGAAGCAGCAACCUCUCGGAUGUCAAAGCGGACAUACGAGCGGGAUCGAGUGUCAGCAACGCAGAAAGCGUGACAGCACUUGACAGCGAGGGCGAAGGAAGCACGAGAGGCGUCAACGCGCUGGCGCUCGCUGGUCCCGUACCGAAUCCUCUGGGUUAUCGUUACAGCGCCGACUACACGGAACCUUCGUUCCCGCCAAAAACAAACGACGGCAGUAACAAUAACGGUUACGUGCCGUACGUCGACUACACCCGCGACUACAUGCCGCCCACGACGCAAGGCGUGGGAGCGUCGCGGGAAUCCUUAAGCAGGAUACCGUCGGGCGGGAUACUCGCCUCGAAGAAGAUCGGUCUGAGUUCCGCGAAUUUGGGCACUCCGACCCCGCAAACGACACCGGCGAUCGAUCCUCGUUUCUCCGCGACGUACGGAAACCCCUACCUCAGAAUGUCAGCGGCGGAGCAGCUGAGACACGCGCCGCACGCGGCUGUGCCGGGAGUGACGCCAGCACCACCACCCUACACGCAAGCAAUGAGAAUGAAUAGCUUGAAUACCUUGAACGGCGCUGGACCGCAGGCUCCCCUGUCAGCGCAUUACAUCACAGGCGGCCCGAACGGCGGCGUCGCGACGGUGAAGCGCACGUCGGCGGUAGGGACGUUAGCGACGCACGUAUGAGGCCAGGGGGUCUAUCCGAACUAGAACCG